UUAAACAGGAAGUGGGUUUCUAAAAGCCAGCAAGCCAUUUUUCUCUUUUAUUUGAUCGAAAAAUAACUAGCAUAGUUUGCAAAAACUGUCUUAUAUUUAUACUGUGUGAAAUACGGUUGUCUUUUAACCUUGUUCCCGCUAAAUUAGCAUUAGCUGGUUAUUCACCCAUCAGCUAACGUUCGUUUACUGACAACAGGGUAUCUUUAGGUCGGUUCAGCUAGCUAGGUAAGUGGCUACAUUUCAAAUUUCCGGGGCAACAAUGGAAGGUUUAGAAACGACAUACGAGGAUUCUAAUGCCGAGGACUACAUUGAUUGUGCUAUCUGUACCAGAUCCAUUAGGGGUGAAACCCUGUAUAAGAUCCACCGGACGACAGUACUACACGUGAGGAAAGAGGACCACCUGGUUUCAACUGGGCGGGCUACCAGGGAUCAUGAGUUACCAGAUUUCAAGGAUAUCAAACACUACCUCCAAUACCUGAAACUUGAUGAGCCAAUCAUCGGUUUGAGUCUUCUGGCGGAGGUGGAGCCAGUCUCCCAUGACCGUCAGCCUGGCCCCAGAUACAUCUGCAGAUUAUGCGAUCUGGAGGCAUCCUUACCCAACAUGGUCAAUCAUUUAAUUGGUCGCAGACAUCGACAGAAUUACCUGGAUAUGAAAAGGAAAGACUUGGUGACAUGGGACAGUACCAAUGCCCUGGCUCAAUCAGGGAAGGCUUUACGAGCCUUGGCGGAGAUUGUGGAAAGACAGAAUGGGAAAGGAAGUCCAAAGCCUUUGAGGAAAAAACGAAAUGUGGGCAAAUUGAACAUUUCUAGAGUUCCCCCGAAAGAAAGAGGGGCCAAGAAUCAGCCAAAACCAACACUUUCUCAUCCAUCAGACAUGAGGCGGGAAGGACACCUGCAUCCAGGGAGGAUGGAUUUCCCGGACGGGGAGUACCACCACAGAGGAGGCCGUCCUGAAGAUGAUCUAUAUAGACCUCCCUUCCAUGAAGACGAUCCUUACUUAUUGUCUGGGGCAGUGCGAGAGGUUUACCUGAGAGGAGGAGACCCCAGCAUGCGUGGUUUUGAGGAAGACAAGCUUCGUAGAGCAGGCUAUCAUGAAGAUGACCUUCGUAGAAGGGAUCACUACCUUGAAGGACAAAUCCAUGGUCAGGAUUAUUUGGAGGACAUGCGUAGACGAGAGUUUUUGGAGGCCAGGCCAAUCCACCAAGAGGAAAUCCCUCAUCGCCAAGCAUACCCUGAAGAACAUCCACGCAGGAGUGUCUACCCGGAGAAUGAUCCUCUCAAACAGUUCUAUUCUGAUGAGGUUCUCCGUAGAACAUUUCAUGCUGCUGAAGCUUCUAAGGAGCGGGCCUUUCGAGAAGAUGAAUCACCACAUGGGAGGAGCUAUCCUCAUGUUCCGGCCUAUCCGCAGGAAUUUCCUCCUGAACGUGCCUAUCCUGACAAAGCUCCUCUCUGCUUUGAACACGCCCAUGGAAGGGCAGCCCAUGGACCACCUGUUCAUGAAGACCCUUACUCCGAGGAUACCCGUAGAAGUGGAUACCUUGAGGAGGCACAACGCAGGGUGUACAAUGAGGAACAACAUGGGCCAGCCUAUCCAGAAGGCAACCCUCAUAGGCGAUCUCACGACAGGGAUCCAAACGGCCGUGGCUACCCCAAGGGGCCAGAUGGGCAAGGAGCUGCUGACGAAGACUUGAGGUUCCCAAAUCAAAUGGAGGGACCAAUGGAGACAGGGGGUCAAGGCAGCAGGGAGCAUUUAUUUGACCUUGUCAAGGCCAUUCGUCAGGAGGGGAGAGGUCCGCAGCAUCCAGAGAUGGAGCGAGGGAUGGGACCACCAGGAAUGAGGGGGACUCAGAAGCCAGCAGAGGGUGGCAGAAUGAGAACAGAGAUCCCCGAACCUUUCCGGCGCUUCCUGGAAGGAGCCACAGAUGACCACAAGAGCCCCGGGAAACGGAAGAGAAAGAGCAGGUUCUCUGAUGCCACAGAACAGGAGGAGGACGUGUUGAAGUUAAUGCAAGCUGGUGACAAUAGAAGAAGGUCAGAACCUUUUGCCAAGCCACAGGGUGCUUAUCAAGGAGUAGCAGGCUCCAGACCAAUGGCAGAGGCAACUCCAGACACUGGGAAUGUUUUGGAUGUACUGAAUAACAUACAGGUUGAGAAUGUGGAAGAGGCCAACUUCCUGAAGGACAAGCUGUGUAACCUUCUGAAAGAGUUCCAAGACAAAAAAUAUGAGAAGACAGCAGUAAUGUCUGCGUACAAAAGCCUACAUCCAACAGUCAUUUCCAAAGAAUAUAAUCACAUGAGCAAGGAUCACCUGGAAAAUCCCAGAGAUGACUAUGAAAGAAACUACAGAGAAGUGCAAGAGGAGAGACAUUACGAAGGCCAUCCUCCCAGACACUCAAAGGAACACUCACAGGAGCGCUACACUCCAGAGACCCCACAGGAUCCUUACAGAGACACAGACAUGAGAAUGGAGAGGAGAGCUCAAUAUGAAGAGGUCUUUGGGCAUGUUGAGAUGUACCCACAAUCUCAUGCUCGUCCAGAGGAGCCAAUGGCAUACCCCCACGAGAGUUGUCAGGGGCCGAUGUACCCUCGUGAUUACCCACCUGCAGGGGAUCUUCACAAUCCAUUCAAGCCUACACCCCCAAUACACUGGGAGCGGGGGUACAGGACGGGUGGCCCUCAAUCCACCAGCCUAGACAAAAUCACCUCCACUCUCCUGGAGCUUGUGGCAAGGAAAAAGUGAUUUUACAGUAGAACCACCAUGUGUAAAAAAUAUUUGUAUUGAUCUGAGCUCAACUGUAUUUCUGUUGGAAUUUUGCUUUUGAAAUGUUUCUACACUUUUAUUUGCUUUAAUUGAUCAUCUUGAUGGCUAGUUUUAAGGGUUAAAGGUUUUGUAGCAAUUAUUUGACAUUAGUAAUCCAAAAAUAUGCUUUGAAAGGUGUAGACAUAUUGUUGAAAACAAAAUUAUUUCUUUUGAAUAACUUCUAUUCACUUAACACUGCAUUGUAACUGACAAUAAAACAUUUGUGACCACAAAUCAGUACUGAUCCAAACAAGAUGGUUAAAGAAAUAUUACACUGAACAAAAAUAUAAGCGCAACAUGUAAAGUGUUCGUCCCUUGUUUCAUGAGCUGAAAUAAAAUAUCCUCAAUGUUCCAUACACACCAAAA